UAUGAGUUCAGAAGAAGAGGAAGAUAAACAAUACAAUAUCGAUUAACUCCUUCAUUAGAUUACAUAAGUAUUAUUUAUUUUAUCCUUAAGAUUGAGAACACUCGAUAAGUCAAUCCACAAUUCAGAAAAGUCUAAGAACCUGAAUUUAAUCUUGUUUUUAAUCUCAAACGUCCUCCAGUAGAAGACUUAUCAUUAGAAGAGGCUCGACUAUGCUAUUUGGAAAACAAGAGGUAAAAAGGUAUGUAGUCUCAUUUUAAUAAAAUUAGUUUUCUAGAGCAAGAAUUUUGAAGCGAAAGAAAAGAAAUAUGUCUACUCAGCCAAUAAUCAAAGCAAAAUAUAAAAUAAAUUACUAAUAUUCUUUUCUAAAGCAUUCAGAGAUCAACCAAACAUGGUUGAAAAAUUUUUGUAUGAUAAAUACAGCCACAAUUAAGAAACUAUAUUUGAAUAGCAAAUACAUAUUGGAAUAGUAAUUUUUACACUAAUUUAGUCAUCACAAUAAUUUGAGCCUGCUUUUUAAUCAAAUAAAUUGCCUCAGCUAGGGUAUAAUUUUGAAGAUGCAUUCAAGAUUUAGUAUACAGAUUCCAGAAUUGGAAAACCAAUUAUAAAAAAGUAAAGAAAGGUAAAAAGUUAUAAAAAAUAUUAGCUUAAAAAUGAUUGCUAGUCUUCAACUCAGAAUGACUAUUUUAACACAAUAAUCUCAUAAGAAUUAUAUGAGGAUCCUAUUGAAAUUGGAGACUGGAAGAAAAGUUGGGGUAUUGUAGUGAGAAAUGCAGUUAAAAUAAGUAGAUUCAAAGCAAAGUUUAGAUAAGACUUAAGAGAAUUUUUUAAAAGAAUAGCUUAUUUCGCAGCCAAAGAAGCAAGAAGAAGAAAUUAAAAAUGUUAAAAAUAUUAAAAAGAAUUUAUGUUAAGAGCUAAGAAAUUAUCAAAAGAAGCUUAAUCAUAUUGGAGAAAAAGGGAUAAGGAAUUGAUAGAAAUCAAGAAAAGAAAAGAGAAAUUAGAAUAGGAGAGAAAGAAAAAAGAAGAGGAGGAAAGAGAAUAAUUAUUACAAUAAAAAAGAUUAGAAUUUUUAAUGAAAUAGUCAGAUAUUUAUGCACAUUUUAUGGCUAAGAAACUAGGAAUAACAUUGGAUAAUUAAAUUUCAUUGAAUAAUGAGGAGAUUGAUGAAGAAAAAGCACUUGAAAAUGUUUAGAAAGUAAUAAAUGAUAAUAGAAGAUAAUUAUAAUAAUUUGAUGGAAAGAAAUAAGAAAAUGUUGAGAUAUAAGAAUUAAAAUUAGAUCAUAAUGAUUAAGAUAGAGAUUUUUCAUUGAUAGCUCCUCCUUCUACCUUUAAGGGAGACUUAAAGGAGUAUUAAUUGAAAGGUCUUAGAUGGUUAGAUAAUUUAUAUGAUUAGGGUAUUAAUGGAAUUUUGGCUGAUGAAAUGGGAUUGGGUAAGACAAUAUAAGCUAUAGCCUUAUUAUCACAUAUCAGUUCAUUUAAAUAAAUAUGGGGUCCAUUUUUAGUAAUCGCUCCAUCAUCAACUUUACAUAAUUGGUAAUAAGAAAUUAAAAAAUUUUGUCCAACUUUAAAAGUCUUACCGUAUUGGGGUUAAGCAUAAUAAAGAAAAACAAUAAGAAAAUAUUUUUAAUAAAGAAACUUUGGAUCACGAGAAUCCCUUUUUCAUAUUGUAGUUACAUCAUAUAAUUUAGUAGUAUCAGAUAAUAAAAUCUUCAAUAGAGUCAGAUGGUAAUAUAUGAUUUUGGAUGAAGCUUAAGCAAUUAAGAAUAUUAAUUCAUAGAGAUGGUAGAUCUUAUUAUCUUUUAAUGCAAGAAAUAGAUUAUUAUUGACAGGAACACCAAUAUAAAAUACAAUGGGAGAAUUGUGGGCAUUAUUGCAUUUUAUAAUGCCUAGAUUUUUUGAUAGUUUUGAUUAAUUUUAAGAAUGGUUUUCAAAAGAUAUCGAGGCUCAUUCUCAAGAUUAAAAAACCUUGAAUCAGCAUUAGUUAUAGAGAUUGCAUGCAAUAUUAAAACCUUUUAUGUUAAGAAGGUUAAAAAAGGAUGUUGAAAAUGAAAUUGGAUAGAAGAAGGAAAUUCAAAUUGUUUGUGAGAUGACUAGUCGUUAGGCUGUUUUAUAUAAGAAUGUUAAAUCUAAAUUAUCAAUAAAAGAGUUUUUUAGGAUGUUAGAUUCUAAGUAAAAGGUUGAUAAUUUGAUGAAUUUGGUAAUGUAAUUUCGUAAGAUAUGUAAUCAUCCUGAAUUAUUUGAAAGAAAACCUUAUAAAAGUCCUUAUGUUUUUUAGGAUAAAUAAAAUGUGGAGGUUUAUUAGAAAAACCCAAUAGUAUAAGUAACGAAACGAAAUCCUAUCACUUUUAUUAUUCCUAAAUUAGUAUUUGAUAAUUAAAUUCAAGAUAUGAGAUGUUUGUUUACAGCACAUUACAUUUACACAUCAUUGAAAAAUGGAGAGUCUACAUUUGCAUAUAUGCAAUUGAAGCACUUGCCUUUAGGUUUGUUUGAAAAAAAUGUAUUUGAUUUAAUUGAAUUGCUGUGUGAAAAGAAGGAUUAGCAAACUAUAGUGAAUAGUUCAUAUUCAAAAUAAUUUCAAUUUUACAUCCCUCAAGCCCAAAGUUAAAUAAUAUCUUUUGAAUGCAGAUCUCAAUCAUUUUAUUAAUAGAUUUAAAAGAGUUUAUACAAUAGAUAGGCACUUUCCUAUAUGUAAGAAUCACCGGCAUGCUUUAUUUUACCAAACAGUCCUGAAUCAUUGAUUGCUUCUUCUUCUAAAUUGUUAUAAUUGGAUAAAUUAUUGAAAGAUCUAAAAUAGAAAUAAUGGAGAGUCUUAAUAUUCUGUUAGAUGACAAGAAUGUUAGAUAUACUUGAAGAAUACAUGUUGCAUAAAGGAUAUACAUAUUUUAGAAUGGAUGGACAAUGUUAAAUAAAUGACAGAAGAGAUGUAAUAUAUAAUAAAAUAUAUUUAUUAGAUGGUAAAUGAAUUUUAACAAAAUGAUAAGAUUUUUGCAUUUUUAUUGUCUACUAGAGCAGGUGGAUUAGGAAUAACAUUGACUUAAGCUGAUGCUGUAAUAUUUUAUGAUAAUGAUUGGAAUCCUACUAUGGAUGCUUAGGCUACAGAUAGAGCUCAUAGAAUAGGGAGAACAAAAGAUGUUUAUGUUUAUCGAUUGAUCACCAAAGGAACAAUAGAAGAGAGGAUUGUGAAGAGAGCAUAGUAAAAAUAGAAUGUUUAAUCAACUGUUUAUUCUGGAGGAUUUCAGGGAGAUAAAUUUAAACCUUAAGAAGUAUAGAUAGUUUAAUUUAAUUUAGGUUUUUGAAUUAUUAUUUGGAGAGUAAGAAAUGGAUGAGACUGUGGCUAAUAAAUUUAUGGCAAAAGGAUAAAAGAAGAAGAAGAAGGCUGUUAAGAUUGAAUAGAAAGACUCUUAGAAGGAGGUGACAAAGGAAUAGAAAGAAUAAUAAGAAGAGGAAGAUAUUAUAGAAGUAGAUCUCAGAGAAUUAGAGAUGAAUGAAAAAGAUUGGGAGGAUGCUGAUUGA